CUAAAGAGUGUGAAAAAAAUUUAAAACGUAUGGUCAAAUCAUCUGUUUGCAAUUAUGAUUUUUUUGAAAGUGUGCAUCAUCUGUUUGCAAUUAUGAGCUCGUUUAAAGUCAUGCAAUUAUGAGUUUUUGAACAGUUUGCAUCAGCUUUUUUUGUAUGGUCACAUCCCUCACAUUUAACACAUAGUGCAGCAUGCAAUAAUAUCAAUGGAUUUAUGCAGUAGCUUGUUCAGAGAAUCAUUCAUUACUUUAUUGCUCAUUGAUAGAUUGACUGCAUACCAAUAAGUGGACACAAAAAUUGCAUGCACUAUUGAAGCACAGUGGUUAACUUUGAAAUUCGUCCUUAAAAGCUGAAGCAUUUGUGGUUGCCUAUCCACAAAACCAUCAUCACUUGAAAAAACCUCAUUGGCAAGCUAUCAGAAAACCAAAACCACCAAAAGCAAACCACUCCAAAAAAACCAAAACAAAGAUGGACGGUUACGUAAACGUCAAUUUCUUCUGGGGAGGUGAAAUCAUAAAACAAGAUAACGAUGUUCUCUACACCUUAGAUCCGAAAGAAAUGAUGUAUGUGAAAUUGAGCAGCUCACUUGAAGAACUACGAAAUAUGGUGUUCGGGUUGAUGCAUAUAAGUAGGCAUCAUUGGGAUGUCAAGCUUAGUGUGAAAUAUCCUCGAAUCGGGGUUAGUAACCUCGUUUCGGGGUUCUUUGUGAAGUCUGUUAAAUCGGACGACGAUGUUCGUAGGAUGUUAAGUAUCCCCGAGAGAUUUCACUUGGGUGGAGACGUAUCAUUGUUUAUCGAGGCCGAGAGUAUUGCUCAACCCAGCCAACACUAUGGAGGCGAGUAUGGGGGGAACUAUGGACAAACCGGACAAACCGCUGCAGGUGGCCAAGUUUCAAAUUAUGUUGAAAACUACGGUGGGAGUUUUGGAGGCGAUUAUGGGGGAAACUAUGGACAAAGCCAGGGCAUGCAAGGGUGGUCUAGCGGCUACAACUACGGGACGAUUGGAGAGUAUGGUGGUGGCUCGAGUAAUACGGGUCGUUUUGUUGUUGAAGAGGUUGUGGACGAGGACGAUUUGAGUGGUAGACAGCCAUCACCGGCUCGUCAAACCCCGAAAAGAGGUGCAGCUAUAGCUCUUGCACUGGAGAACCAGGAGGAUGAUGAAGAGUAUGGCUCGGAAAGAGCCAUAAGCAGCAGUGACGAUUCGGAGUGGAAUCUAUCACAGGAGGAUGUUCCGGAAAGUGAAGAUUUUUCGGAGGUUGAUUCCGAUGAAGAAAGAGAGGGAAACAUGCACUUGCAAACACAGGCAUUGUCUAUUCAUGAACCUAGAGCUGCAUGGUUUGGAUCCCAGGAUUACGAGCCUGUGAUUGUGUCCAACAAGGACGCAGUUAUGUCACUCGGGUUUGAUCCCGCCAACGAUGAGUUAACCGAAGGAGCUCUAUUUGCUACCAAGGAAGUGCUCAUAGCUGCUGUGAAACAUGCACACAUAAGUACAGAUCGAAAUUUCAUCGUGGAGAAAAGCUCCACGCAAGUCUACAAAGUUAAAUGUGUGGUUUCAAACUGCAAGUGGAAGCUAAGGGCCGCGAAGAAGAAGUCCCACGGCCUUUUUCAAAUAACUAAAUGUCCAGAGAUUCACACAUGCCUACUGGAUAGACCCACGCAGGACCACCGCAAAAUUUCAGCAAAAAUGAUUGGCUAUGUGGUUGCUCCCUACAUCUCCCAGACCCCUCAAUUGAAGGUAAGCAACAUCAUCACAAUGGUCAAUGAUGAGUACCACCAUUUGGUUAGUUACUUGAAAGCAUGGAGGGGGAAGAUGGCCGCCAUGGAAAGCGUUUAUGGAAGCUGGAAGACAACCUACAACGAGCUCCCUCGGUUCCUUAAUGUCAUGGCCAGUACAAAUGUCGGAAGUAUAGUUGUGGUUGAGGUUGUUCCACAUCAUAAAGAGAGGGGUACAUCGACAUUUGUUCGUGCAUUUUGGUGCCUAAAAGCAAUGAUUGAUGGUUGGCAGUAUGCACGGCCAGUUAUUUCCAUUGAUGGUACAUUUCUUAAGGGAAAGUAUAAUGGGAAAUUGCUGGUCGCGGUGGGAGUCGACUCUAAUAACCACCAAUAUCCCAUAUGCUUCGCCCUUGUUGAUGAGGAAACAACUGAAAAUUGGUCUUGGUUUCUACGUCUUUUACGUAGACAUGUAUGCCGAGAUAGAUUGGGGGUUUGUAUUAUAUCUGACCGUGCGACGGGGAUCCUUGCUGCAAUGAAUGACGAAGCGAGUGGUUUUACCCCGCCGAUGGGCUAUCACAGAUUCUGCCUCCAUCAUGUUAGGAGCAACUUCUCCAAGGCAUUCCCGGGAAAGGAGCUUAAAAUGUUAAUGUGGCUAGCCGGCAAUACGCCACAGAUUAGGAAAUAUGAUGCCUACAUGAAGAAGAUUGGAGAGCUUUCGCCUCAAGGCUUGAGGUGGUUGCUAGGGAUAAGUCCAGCCCUCUGGACUAUUUGUCAUGACACAGGCCACGCUCGUUUCGGCCAAGCUACCACAAACAUCACGGAGAGCUUUAAUGGUAACGUGCGCGUGGCUCGGCACCUACCUGUGACCGCAAUGAUUGAAUUCAUGUUUUAUAAAACUGUUAGGACGGUCAAUAAGGAGAGGAACGCAGUGCUUGAGGGCAUUGGGGAGGGUCAUGAACUUUGUCUAAGGACGAGAAAUAAGUUGGAGAAGAUUGCAGCCAAAGCUAACACACACCGGGUCGAGACAUUUAAUAGAGGAACCGGUUUGUUCUCCGUAAAGACGCAAAGGUACAUGGUAAAAGGGUGCAAUAAGGGCGGGAACACGCAGGUGGUUGACAUAACUCAGCGUACAUGCACUUGCGGGAAAUGGGCUUGCCACCGCCUACCGUGUUCACAUUUGAUUGCUGCUUGCAACCACAAUCACUUAAACUGGAAACAGUGGAUUGGCCCCUUCCACUACAACUCUACUUUGUUGAAAUUGUGGGAGCCAAUGAUAUAUCCAUUACCAGCAACUGGGUAUUGGGAUAUUGAUUUGCCAGUGCAAUGGAGAAUGUUUGGAACUGUGGUACCGAACGAGGCCUUGCGAAAGAGAAGGCGUAAACGAGGAGAAAGGGGUCAAUCCGUCAGAAUACGCACGGAGAUGGACAGUUCCCGUACAAGUCACAAAUGUGGCCGCUGCAAGCAAGAAGGACACACUAGACGUAGUAAAAGGUGUCCAUUGUACAAUGUUGACCCUACUGUGUAAU